UCAAUUUGAGAGGUUAGAGAAUAUGGCAGCAAACUCCACACCAAUUCCUCUCCUCACUCCUUACAAAAUGGGGAGAUUCGAGCUCUCUCAUAGAGUAGUGAUGCCACCAAUGACAAGGAACAGAUCAUAUAAUAACACUCCACAGCCACAUGCUAUUGAAUAUUACGCUCAAAGAGCCACUAAGGGGGGUUUUCUCAUUUCUGAAUCAGCUAGUGCCUCUGAUAUCUCCAAAGGGUCCCCAAAUAUGCCUGGAAUUUGGACAGAACAUCAAAAAGAGGCUUGGAAAUCCAUUGUUGACUCAGUUCAUAGCAAAGGUGGUAUAUUUUUUUGCCAGAUUUGGCAUCCAGGGAAGCUAUCCGACUCAAGACUAAACAAUUUCCUUUUCGGUUGGGCUCCUGUUGCAGUACCUGAUGAUGGUGAGUACGUGAAACCGACACCAAGGCAACUAAGCACUAAUGAACUCUCUCUCAUUGUCGAUGAUUUUACAACUGCAGCCCGCAAUGCUAUUGAAGCUGGAUUCGACGGAGUCGAGAUCAACUCAGCAAACAGCUACAUAAUUGAACAGUUCUUGAAUGAUCAAGUCAACAAUAGGACUGAUGAAUAUGGUGGAAGCAUUGAGAAUCGUUGUAGAUUUGCUCUUGAGAUUAUAGGAGCAAUUGUGAAUGAAAUUGGAGCAGAUAGAGUUGGAAUAAAACUCUCCGUCUUAUCGGAAGUGUACGGUAAAAAAGACUCGAACCCAGAAGCUCUUGCGACUUAUCUGGCAAGUCAACUCACUAAGCUCGGAGUUUUAUAUCUUCAUGUGUUCGAGUCAAGGGACGAACCUCGUAAUAAUUGUCUUCAAUUUAUAAGAAGGGCAUUUGAAGGGACACUUAUUGCUUCUGGUGGCUAUAAUAAAAAUGAGGGAGAUGUGGCUAUUGCUGAAAACUAUGCAGAUUUGGUCUCAUUUGGACGUUUGUUUUUGGCCAAUCCUGAUUUGCCUAAACGUUUUGAGGUUAAUGGGCCAUUGAACAAACAUGAUAGGACCACUUUUUAUAAGACUGAUCCAAUAGUGGGUUACACUGACUAUCCAUGUCUUGAAGUUGCUUAAUUAUUAGAGAUACGUCGAAUUUUUUACAGAUAUUUUCGUUGUAAAUCUGACGAUUUUCUACGAAAAGGCUGUUGAAACUGUUUUCGACGAGUACAAUUUCAAAAUUCUGCCAGAAAUAUGCGUGUUUCUAGCCGUGAUUGUUUUCCAAAUAAAAGGCAAACUUAUUUUGUGUGAUUUAUUCAAGAUUGUAGUUUACUUUUCUAGUUGUUUGGGUAAAAUAAGUGGUGAUGAUUUUACUAACUUCUUGGAUGUGGAGUAAAAGUCAAAUUACGAUGUAACUUAUUUG